ACAUAGGUAUCUUGACCAAGUUCAAGCACAAAAUUAAACCUUCAAUCAAACUUAUCAAACAUUAUUUUAUGCCGGUACAUCAAAUAACAUUUCAUUUGAUUCUCGCCACGUAUACAAGUUUCAGUGCAAACAAAUAUACUUUAACUUCACUAUGAUGGAUGGAGAGUCACAUAUUAUUUUAGUAACUGGAGGUUCAGGGCUUGUUGGACAAGCUAUCAAAACAGUUGUUGAAGAGGAAAAACAGCAGGGAAAAGGACCACAAAAUGAGGCUUGGAUUUUUUGUGGUUCCAAGGAUGGGGAUCUUAGAGAUAAGCAGCAAACUGAGGCCUUAUUCAAAAAACACCAGCCCACACAUGUCAUCCACCUCGCGGCCAUGGUUGGGGGUCUGUUCCACAAUAUGGCACAUAAUUUAGACUUCUUUAGGGAAAACAUGGCAAUAAACGACAAUGUCCUAGCUGCGUGUCACAACAAUAACGUUAAGAAGGUGGUCUCCUGCCUUUCCACGUGCAUAUUCCCGGACAAAACCACGUAUCCCAUAGACGAAACAAUGGUUCACAAUGGACCGCCACAUUCGUCAAACUAUGGAUACAGCUAUGCGAAAAGAAUGAUUGAUGUUCUAAAUAGAGGUUACCACGAUCAGCACGGGCGCGUGUUCACGUCGGUGAUCCCUUGCAAUGUGUUCGGUCCGCGGGAUAACUACAGCUUGCAGUCUAGCCACGUCAUCCCGGCACUUGUUCGUAGGAUGGACGACGCUAUGAAGAACGGAGAGUCAACAUUCACGGUGCUAGGCAGCGGGCGGCCCCUUCGGCAGUUCAUCUAUUCGCCUGACUUAGCACGCCUCUUUUUGUGGGUGCUGCGGAACUACGAUAGUGUGGAACCAAUUAUUUUGUCAGUGGACGAAGAAGACGAAGUGCCCAUAAGCGCGGUGGCCGAAGCCAUCAAGAAAGCCCACGGGUUCCAAGGCACUUUAGUCUACGACACGAGCAGUGCCGACGGGCAGUAUAAGAAAACCGCGUCCAACAAGAAGCUUCGCGGAGUUUACAAGGACUUCACGUUCACGCCCUUCGAGCAGGCCAUCCAGGAGACCGUGCAAUGGUUCAGGGACAACAGAGAGGCGGCCAGAACGUAGCCAUAACCAAAAAGCAAUAAAUGUUAAUUUAAAACACCUAGACGUCAAAGAAAACACAGGUAUGUAUUACUUAAUCGUUAUACUUAAUUGAUUUCAGAAUACAAUAUUGUUGCGAUGUAUAUUUUAUGAAAAUGUUAUCAUAGUUUAAGAAAUGUAAUAAACAAUAAAUGUAUGAUUUUAUGGUU